AUGGCCGCUGGCAGCUAUCCAGAGCUGGACGAGAUCCCUGCGGCGCCGGCGCGGGGUAUGAGUACGCGCACGCAGGUGCCGAUGCCUGACGUGAUCCGGCGCCUAUUCAAGAGCUUUCCCCUUUACGAGUGGCCCGCGGCCAAGGCGGUCGCGAGCGACGCGGACAAGGAGCAUGUGCCGAGCAAACCCCUCUUGUACAUUGCGCCGACAUGGGCGGGCGAGUGGGCGAGUGCGGACCCCGUGAGCCUGCGCUGGCAGAUGGAGCUGCUGCUGCGUGGCGCCGACUUUGACGUCGAGGUGCUGCGCGACCCGUACUGGGCGCCCGAAGGCAACACGCCCUUUCUGCACCUGCCUCCUGCGACGCAGUCGCCGGUCGGCCGGGAGAGCGGCUUCCCGUCGCUGCUAGGCACGUCGAGUCUGCCGCACUUUGUCGAGAACCACUAUCCCCUGGAGCGUGCCGAGCUCGAGGAAAAGUCCGUGUGGCCGUCCGAGGCGGCGGCGCAAGAGAGCCUUGCGUGGCGCACGCUGCUCUACGGCCGCGUGACGGCCGGCGCACUGCUCCUUGCGCUGCGCUGUGGCGCGUUUACCAACAGCGACACGCGCCAGCCGCUGCUGCGUGCGCUCGCCGGCGGCAUGCUCGCCGGCGAGGCGACAGAAGAGCAGCGCGAGCUCGCGCGUGUCUCGCAGCUGAGCACGGCCGGCGCAUCGUUCGAAAGCAUCGAGGCGGUGUACGGCGGGCACUAUUUGGCGGACACGCGCAAUCCCCUUGCGCUGAUUCCGAGUUAUACCGUGGACUUUGUCGGAUUCCUGAGCGGCACGUCGAAGCACGAUGCGCCGGACGCCGAGACGUCCAUUCCUCCCCCCUCUGCCCGCAUCGACCAGGAGACGAUCCUGCAGCAGGCGGCCGAGGGCCUCGUCGCGUGCGCCGCGCGCCUCGCGACGGACGUCGACGCGUCGACCGGCGAAGGCUGGAUGCUGGGCGCGCACCGCGCCACCUCGCUCGACUGCCUCUUGUUUGCGGCGCUACACACGAUUCUAUCGAUUCCGGACGACUCGCCAGAUGCCCAUAGCCCCCUGCGCCUCGCCGUCGAGCGGCACGGCGUGCUGGCCGCCUAUGCCCGGCGCCUCCGCACGGCCCUGCCGGGUAAUUUAUAG